UGGGGGUAAAUGAGUUGGCAUAUAUAUGUGGUGUGUUGGCAUAUCAACAUGGCUUUAGUGUAAAAGUUACAUAUUAUAAGUAGAUAUAGGGCAUAAUGGGGGAAACGGAUUCUUAAUCAAUCGACUUCUUCAAUUGACUUCUUCAACAUGACUUCUUCAUCUCGAUCCUCCAACUCAUGCUCAAGGUCAAAAGUUUCCAAGUCAAAGAGCACAAUUGAUAAGGAAAAUCCUUGUGAUUGUGGGUUUCCUUCUUGUAUCUGGAUAUCAACAACAGAGGCAAAUCCUGAUAAAAAAUUUAGGGUUUGUCCUAACUCUUUGAUGAAGGAUCCAAAGGAUAAAUGUGAUUUCUGGGAAUGGGUUGAUGAAGAUGAAGAAAUUAUAACCAAGAACAAGAAUAAGAAAGAUGAAGAACAUGAUUUCAAUAGUGAAGUGAAGAUUGCAAUAUCGGAACAUGAUUUCAGUGAAUACAAUGUGAAGACUGAUAUGGAAUUGAAGUACAUGAUGUAG